AUGAUUGAUGUCUCGGAUCGCUACAUUGUCAGCAACGUAUAUCUCAUUUUCAUCAACAAGGAUGGCUCUAAGGUGUUGCGUUCUGGUCUUCCCAAAGACAGAUAUAUGCGCAAAGAAGAGGCAGACGUGCUCAAAAAACUCAAAAUUAUAGACCUAGACGAUCUGUACACCAAAUAUAGCUCCUCUGAUCUUAUGUCCUGCUCUUCGACUAAACUGUUUCAGUACAUGGAAUGCGAGAAGAUUCGGGUUAUUAAAACUGAAUCUGGCUACCAAAUUGACAGAGGUCAAGAGAAGGCACAGGCCAUGGAAAUGGCGGUCAUCCGUUAUCGCACAAUGCACAAGAAGGUCAAGUACCUGUUCUAUGCCGGGGCCGAGGGUGCCAUAGAAAUCGACACCACCAAAGAUUUCAUCCCUAUCACCACCGACCGUGAGGUUGGGUUCUACCGAAAGAAACUCUGCUUGCACAAUUUGAUCUUUACUCACUGUGACGCGCAGUUGCUGCUAAACUUCCUGGAAAAAGACUCCACCAAGCGCGAGCGCAUCUCGACCGUUCUUCUGAGGUACUACACUGAGGUCUGCGUGAAAGUUGCUAAAACCACUUACUCCAGGGACAGAAACGGAGAAUUCAGCCCUUUCCCUCGCGAGGUUACUUCCACUACUUUGAAUUUGGACGUCCGAAAUCUGAUGGUUUUCCUUUACCUGGAUGACGCCUACGAACAGUUUAGUUUUGCCGAGAAAGGGGAACGGCCUGCACGGACCGCGUCUCUGUUCGGCGAGACCAUGGGCGACGAAGAGUUGCUUCAGGUUGCGUUGCGCUUCAGAGAGAUGAUUAAAGACAAGCGCUACGUUGGCUACUUCACUCGUCUCUGUCAGCUGGCGACGAUCGACACGAACAAACUGUCGAACGAUCGGGUGCACUUCAUGGGUGGGUCGCAGUACCGUUAUUUUUUGAAUGCCAUCAAGUCAUGGACCACGUACGCGGCGUUGUACCCUCAGACGGUUAACGAGCCGGAGGAUAUCAGUACAAUGUUCACCGAAAAGACUUCGGACACGUGGAAGUGGCUUACCAUUACGUACACGCUGGUGGUUAAGGACCUUCAACAAAAUGCAGAGCAGGUUGUCCGGGACAUGGGACCGUAUGAGUGUGCGGUCUGGGGCAAGCAUUUUUCCAGGGAUUACCUCGUCGAGUUCUACGACAACCUCAAGUUGGAGUUCGAGGGGUGUGUGAAGUCGUUGCGGGGGUUCUUUGGGAAUAUCCCCUCAGUUGACCUGGUUGCUGGUCGCCUGCUGGAUGACGUUUCGUAUAACGUUGCGGAGAAACCUCGGUUAAUCAGUUCUUCUUUCCAGGCACUGUUUAAGGGGCACAGCCUAGAUUAG